UUUAGAGAUGAAGGUUCUGAAAACGAAGCCUCUGUUUCCAACAAGUUUGUUAAUGAUGGCAGUUUCCUCCAGCAGUUUCUCAAGCUGCAGAAGGAAAAGUCAAGUACUGAACCUCCCCCAAGUUCCGCUAAUAACACGGCAAAUGCUCCCGCAUCGAGUGUUGGGAAGAAGCCGGUGCUGUUUGGGAGGCGCCCGGGGCAGGUCCUGAGCAGCAUGCUGCAGCAGGCGAGGAGCUACUCCCACUCCAAACAGCCCCCGGUCCUUAACCGCCUCAGUGUGUUUCAGUCGCCAGAUGAAGACGAGGAGGAGGAUUAUGAGCAGUGGCUGGAAAUUAAAGUUUUACCCCCAGAGGAUGCGGAGACCCGCCAAGUGGUGGAAAAGCUGGCUAGGUUCGUGGCUGAAGGGGGACCUGAGUUAGAGAAGGUCGCUAUGGAAGAUUACAAGGAUAACCCAGCUUUUUCGUUUUUACAUGAUAAGAACAGCAGAGAAUUCCUUUACUACAGAAAGAAAGUGGCAGAGAUAAGAAAAGAGAAUCAAAGUCCUCAGGCAUCCUCUUCUGAGAAAGUUUCACCCCCAGAGGAUGAAGAGACAAAGAACUUUGCUGAGAAACUGGCCAGGUUCAUAGCAGACGGGGGUCCUGAGGUGGAAGCUAUUGCCUUGCAGAACAACCGAGAGAACCAUGCUUUCAGGUUUUUAUAUGAGCCAAACAGCAAAGGCUACAAGUAUUACCGACAGAAACUGGAGGAAUUCCGUAAGGCCAAAGCUGGCUCCGUGUGUGCCCCCUUGCACUUAGAACCCAGUCUCAAAAGGAAGAACAUUCCAGAGGCGUCACCUUCACCAUCAUGCUUAGCAUCCUUGCCCCCAUCCUUGCCCUCACCUUUGCCGUCACCACUGUCAUCUUCGACUCCAUCUGAUCAGACAGCUACAACCACACCUACUACAACAGCAGCAACAACAGCAACAACAACAGCUACAGCCACUGCAACAGCCACUGCCGCAGGCACUACAAAAAAGAAGAGGAAGAGCCGGUGGGGGCCGGAGGAGGACAAGGUGGAGCUGCCUCUCCCGCAGCUUGUGCAGCAGCUGGAUUCUCCGUCCCCGCUGUCAGUUCAGGACCUCAAGGGUCUCGGCUAUGAGAAAGGGAAGCCGGUUGGUCUAGUGGGUGUGACGGAGCUCUCUGAUGCCCAGAAGAAGCAGCUGAAGGAGCAGCAGGAGAUGCAGCAGAUGUACGACAUGAUCAUGAAACACAAGCGAGCCAUGCAGGAGAUGCAGAUGAUGUGGGAGAAGGCGAUUCAGCAGCACCAGCACGACUACGACAGCGACGAGGAGGUGGACAGCGAGCUGGGCACGUGGGAGCACCAGCUGCGCCGCAUGGAGAUGGACAAGACACGAGAGUGGGCUGAGCAGCUGACCCAGAUGGGCAGAGGGAAACAUUUCAUCGGAGACUUUCUUCCCCCUGAUGAGCUGGAGAAAUUCAUGGAGACGUUCAAGGCAUUAAAGGAGGGCCGUGAGCCGGAUUAUUCCGAAUAUAAAGAAUUCAAACUGACCAUAGAAAACAUAGGUUAUCAAAUGCUGAUGAAGAUGGGCUGGAAGGAAGGCGAGGGACUUGGCUCGGAUGGACAGGGGAUUAAAAAUCCAGUCAGCAAGGGAACCACCGCCGUGGAUGGGGCUGGCUUUGGCAUUGAUCGGCCGGCCGAGCUCACCAAGGAGGAUGAUGAGUACGAGGCGUUCCGCAAGAGGAUGAUGCUGGCCUACCGCUUCCGACCGAAUCCGCUGAACAAUCCACGACGACCUUACUACUGACAGCUUUUGGGGCAGCAUAUUUCCAAAACAAGUGUAAUUUUACUGUGAAAUGUUAUGAAAUUGCAUUAUUAUUCCCUUAUUUACUAAUACUGUAAAACUCACUGAAGUCACAGUACCAUCUUUCACCCAGAAGAGAGGCCUGGAGCCCGCUCGCC